ACCUUCCUCCCCUGGCCUCCCCAACGAAACCCUUCUUCUUUGCCACUUUUUGGUUCUUUUUUCUCUCAGGCAUUUUCACAAACAGGUUGUGGAUCAUUUGAAGAGGAAAAUGGCGUUUCUUGGACCUCUCUUGGUGGGUCUUCUACUCUCUUUGGGAUGUGAUUCUGUUCAUGCCAACAAUGGAGGUUGGACUGAUGCCCACGCUACGUUCUACGGUGGGGGCGACGCUGCUGGCACAAUGGGAGGAGCUUGUGGCUAUGGGAACCUGUACAGCCAAGGGUAUGGAACGAACACAGCGGCAUUAAGCACAGCCCUGUUCAACAAUGGGCUGAGCUGUGGAGCUUGCUUCGAAAUCAAGUGCGUAAAUGAUCCAAAAUGGUGUCUUCCAAACUCCAUUGUGGUGACUGCCACAAACUUCUGCCCACCAAACAAUGCACUCCCCAACAACGCCGGCGGCUGGUGCAAUCCUCCCCAGCACCAUUUCGACCUCUCCCAGCCCGUCUUCCAGCAAAUCGCUCAAUUCAAAGCAGGCGUCGUCCCAGUGGCUUACAGAAGGGUGUCUUGUCAGAAGAAAGGAGGCAUAAGAUUCACAAUAAACGGGCAUUCGUACUUCAAUUUAGUUCUUGUAACGAACGUUGGUGGAGGUGGGGAUGUUCAUGGGGUAUGGAUCAAAGGGUCGAAAACAGGGUGGGAAGCAAUGUCGAGGAACUGGGGGCAGAACUGGCAGAGCAAUUCAUAUCUGAAUGGACAAAGCCUGUCGUUCAAAGUGAUCACCGGCGAUGGCCGGACGGUGAUAUCCAAUAGCGUAGCACCAGCUGGGUGGAGCUUUGGUCAGACUUAUAGUGGGCUUCAGUUCCCAUGAAAGUGAAGAAAAAAACAGAACAGAACAGAACAGAGGCGUUACUUUUUUCUUUGUGUUUUUCCUUACUUUAUAGGAAACUGUGUUAAAAAUAGGUGUUUUUGGAAUGGGCACGGCUUUUAAUGUGUUCUUCCAGUGUGGUCUGUGGUUCAGAAUUAGUAGUUUAGAGGGAGUUUGUUUGAAUAUUAUUAUGUGGGGUUUGGGUCUGGUCUUGGGGUCGUUCUGCUUGUGUGUGUGUUUUAACGCAAUGGCAGAGAGAGGAUACUGGCAGCGGUAGGCAUUUCACACCCGCCACUUUGUUUCUUGUGUUAGCUUAGAGCUGUGUGGGGUUUAUAUAAUAUAAGUUUAGUGUUAGGUUGUUUGUUGGUUCAGUUGUUUUCUUCUUUGUUUUUCUGGUUUUAUCUUAAAUAUAUGCAAGUUUGUGUUAAA